UCAGACUGAGCAAUGGCUGACGGAAUAGCCAUUAUUGGCAUUGGGUGCCGGUUUCCUGGAGCCACCUGCCUUGAAGAAUUCUGGGAUAUCCUUGCAAAGGGAGAGAACCAUGUGGUGGAUAUUCCCCCUGAGAGAUGGAACAUGGACGCCUUCUUUGACUCUGAUGUCAAUGCUGUAGGGAAGAGCUAUGCUACAAAAGCAGGGCUAAUAAAGGACUUUGAUCACUUCGACAACAAGCUAUUUAAGAUCAACGAAACCGAGGCUGCCCAGAUGGACCCCCAGCAGCGCCAGGUGUUGGAGUGCACGUACAUGGCGCUGGAGGACGCUGGCAUCACCAGACAACAAAUAGCGGGACAGAAAGUGGGAGUGUUCAUAGGUUCCAUGAAUGUGGACUAUGGCGAAAUAAUCUCAAACACAUCACCAGACGUUACCAACCACACCGUCACUGGACAGGCAAGUUCUAUAAUAUCCAACAGGGUAUCCUACGUAUACAAUCUGACGGGACCGUCCAUGACCAUAGACACAGCAUGUUCUUCAUCCAUCGUGGCCAUACACCAGGCAGGACUGGCACUCAGAGCAGGUGACUGUUCUAUUGCAAUCUGUGGAGGGGUGAACCUUUUAAUUCACCCAGCAUAUUUUAUCAAGUUAAGCAAAGCUAGGAUGUUGUCUCCCACUGGACAGUGCCGUGCCUUCUCAGCAAAUGCCGAUGGUUACACGAGAGGAGAGAGAUGUGGAAUCGUCAUCGUGAAACUCUUAAGUCAAGCUUUGCAUGAUGGUGACAACAUCUGGGGAACUAUUGUGACGGGAUUGAAUCAAGAUGGCCGCCGGGUUACGCCCAUCACAGCACCCUCAGGGAAACAACAGCAGGAACUGCUCAAUGACAUCUACACUCGACACGGGAUCGACCCAACUGAAGUAGACUAUAUUGAAGCUCAUGGUACUGGAACCAAAAGAGGUGACCCUGUAGAAGCUACAGCUCUGGGGACCUUCUUUGAGAAGUAUCCUCGCCAGCGUCACAUUGGUUCUGUGAAGACCAACAUCGGCCAUCUAGAGGCAGCAGCAGGUGUUGCCGGACUCAUCAAGGUCCUGCUGAUGAUGAAACACAACACAAUCGUGCCAUCACUACACUUUGACAAACCCAAUGAAGCAAUUGACUUUGAAAGGUUUCGUUUUGUAGUACCAACAGAAAAUACUGACUGGAAACAUCAUAAAAAGGUUGCAUGUAUAAACUCAUUUGGCUUUGGGGGUAGCAAUAGUCAUGCUGUUUUAAAAUCAUUCACAAUGGAAACAUCAGUUAUGAGAGACAUUUCCUUACCAGUUUGUUUCUCUGGCUCAAAUGAGAAAACAUUGAACAAAUCAAUGACACAAUUCAUUGAAAGUGGGAACAGUUCCGCUUUCAGUGAUGUUGCUUACACUUCAUGUAUGGCCAGAGAACAUUUUGCAUUCAGAAAAGCUUUCUUUGCAAACAGUCAUUCUAUUCUGAAAUCUAAAAUACAGGAAGAGUUACAAAAUAGAAACCAUCCAUCUCCUGAAAAGGGAAACAUUAACAUUGUGUUCGUUUUCUGUGGCAUGGCCACAGCAUGGGAAGGAAUGUGCAAUGAUCUCAUUAUUAACAAUGAUCAUUUUAACAAACAGAUUUUGGAAAUUGACAAAUCCCUCACUAGGUUUGUUGACUGGUCCUUGUUGCAGCGGCUCCAGGAGUGUGAUGAUGUGAAAGAUCCUCAGUUCGGGCCAAUAGCCAUCUUUGCUUGUCAAGUGUCUCUUGCUCAUCUCUGGAAAUCCUGGGGGGUGAAGCCUGCAGCUGUUGUAGGUCAGUCAGUGGGGGAGGUGGCUGCAGCACACAUUGCUGGAAUCCUGUCCCUGGAUGAAGCUGUGAGAGUUAUCUACCACAGGACGCGGAUCCUGGCUCAAGCAUCGGGCGGAAAGAUGAUGCUUGUCCGGAAUGUUGACACUGAACAAGUAAAGACAGCCUGUGGGAAGUAUCAGGGACAGGUAGAUGUAGCUCUAUACUACAGCCCAGUCUCAUGUACUAUCAGCGGGGAUGAGAGAGCUGUUCUGUCAGUCAAAGAGGAUUUGCAGCUUCUGUUAGGUAGUGACACACUGUUUCAUGAGCUACCUGUAACGAGCGCAUUCCACAGUAGCUACAUGGAUUCAGCAAGAUUUGAGCUUGAUGACAUAUUAUUCGACAUCAAGACAUCAAAGAUGACAAGUACAUUUGUGUCGACAGUUGAUCAAGAUAUGGAUGAAACCACAGUUGCCUCAAAGAAUUAUUGGGGCUUGAAUGUAAGGAGUCCUGUUAGAUUUUCUGAUGCAAUCAAAAAGGCAACACAAACAUCAAAAAUCAACAUUUUUGUUGAAAUAGGUCCACGACCAGUACUUAAAUCACAUUUAAAUGACAUUUUUAAAGAUUCCGCUCUCACUGUUACAUCAAUUCCUUCUCUCCAUCCAAAACCAAGUUACAAGGACAUUCUAGAGUCACUCCUCCUGCUAUAUGGAAACGGAGUGAAUGUCAAGUGGGACACUUUCUUUCCUGAUAAGCUGCAUACAACAAGCUACCCAUUUCAUGUCUUCAAUUCCAAACAGAUGUUACUGGUAUCUGAAAGUAAACAACAGAUGCUACAGGGUAGGAAGGAAAGUAUAGGAGAUCACUUGUUUCUCAAAGGCAGCAUAAAGUCUGGAUCAGCACGCUUAGUCAUUGAUCCUCAGACAUUCAAGAGUGUUUUUGAACACAAAGUGAAAGGAACUAUCAUUGUACCAGGUGCGGUGUAUGCUGAGGCAGCGCUUGCUUUAGCAAGAAUGAUUGACAUGUUCAGCCUCUGUGCAAUCAGUGUUUCUGUGACCUUCAGAAGCCCAGUCAAUCUGAAACCAGGAACAGCGACAAACCUUGAUAUAGAACAAUCUCACAACGAGGGUGACGCCAGUAUUUUGAGUACAUUUGUUUUAAAGAAAGGAAGUACAAUCCAUGCAAAAAUAGUAAUAAGACAAACACCAGUGGACUAUACUCCGGAGAGAGUGGACCUUGGGUCAAUCAAAGAAAAAUGUAAAUGCAGCUUUACUGGACAGCAAGUAUAUGAGCGUUUAGAAAACGGUGGUUUCAGCUAUGGGGAAAGGAUGUCCAUCAUUUCAGCUAGCCAAACAGCUGAGAAUGAAAGCCUUACAUUACUUGAAAUUGGGCCUCAACUCCAGACAGAGACACAACAUACAAUUCUUCACCCUGCAGUAAUAGAUGGCAUGUUACAAACAGCUGCAACUGUCCAAAGCGCCAUCAAAGAUACGCUUCCGUACUCUUUGGAAAAUUUGGUGGUCAAGAGACAGAUUGAGAGUAAAAUGCUUGUGCAUUUGAAAGUGUUGAAUGAAAAUGAAUGGUGUGUCUGCUGUACACUGUCACUGCUGACAACUGAAGGGUAUGUCAUUGCACACAUUGGGAAGUUCACAUUGAAAGCCAUGGGUACAGAUACAUUUGAUGUCAGGAGUGUUGCAUACACAAUUGAAUCAGAAGAAGUUGAACCUGAUCAUGAAACUGUAUGUGACACGAAAGCGAACCUUGUCAUGUUUAGUGAUGAAACAUCUGUGCCUACAAUCUAUCCAUGGCCUGUUCAUGAUAUUACCACUUUACAUGAAAAUAGGUCUGUUACAGACCUUCUAGAGUCAUCUGGAAUAUUAGUCAUGUUUCAAGCCAAACCUGGGGUUGUUGACAAUGGAUUGGAAGUAGAGAAAGAAUUGGAGGGGAAAAUCAUGCCUUUAAGAUCUCUGAUACUUUACAUGUCACAACAUGCCAUCAAAUCACCCUUGGUCAUUGUCACAAUGGCAACAGCAUUUGACUAUCAGAGUCCAGACAUAAGAUCCCAUGCACUUGCUUGCAUUCAUGAAGGUAUUCGGGCAUUUAUCAGAUGUGUUCGAAGGGAAUUCCCAAGGCUGAAUGUAAUAUCACUAGAUCUGAAUAUUAGAAACAUGGACCAAUAUGAUGGCAAUACCAUAAUGUCUGAAAUAUUGCAAGUCUUGAAAGUCAAAGGCCAUGCUGAAUUUGAAAGCCUUCAUGGAAGCAUAUCUGGACAGAAGUUUCAAAUGGAACGCAACUCAACGCCUGAUUUUAGACUGGAACGACAGAGGAACAGUCUGGACACUAUUCUUUAUUCGACUUCUUCGGAUGAAAUAUCACAUUUCUUCACAAUAUCACGAAACAUGCCAGAAAGGGGAAAAGAUGACAUUUUGUUUACUGCACAGUCUGUAGCAGUUCACUCUAAAUUCCUGUCUGAACAAGUUCUGCUAUCUCUUGACAAAGGAGACCACAUGGGAAGCAGCAAGGGAAGUCCUGUUGUCACAUAUGAAUCAACUGGCUUUGCACGCAGCAAUAGCAAACAAAAGAGGUACAUGGCUUGCUAUCCACACCAAGUGGGAUAUCAAUGCUAUGUCCCAAUGAAGUUCAUGUUGAACGUCAAACACUUAAGCCAUUUUCAGACAGGGUAUCUGUUGAAGCUGUACUGUCUAUGGCGAUUGUGUGAUGAGUGCAAAACAAAAGAUGUCAUUAUACUCUACACACAACAGACAAGGGAAUAUGCAGAAGUGAUGGAAAUUUUAUUGUUGUCAAAACAAAGAAGGAAAAUUUCAUUAGUGACUCAAGAAGAAAUACCCAGCCACCAAGGACACCAUGUAGUCAUAUCAACUAUACAACUUACAGAAGAACUAGCACAAAAGGUUGUCAUUGCAUGGGGCUGUCUUGAACAGCUAAUAUCUUUUGAGAAGCUGAUGCCACUUAAGGUGAUACAUCUCCUUCAGUCUGUAAAGCCAAGAUUAAACAUAGCAAUUGUCAGAACCCAAGAGGUUCUUGCUUUCAAUCAGAUGGAUGAACAUAUUCCAAAGUUGUACAUAUGGAUAAAGAAAAAUACACAAAAUGUCAGGAAGAUAAGCCUUUGGUUCAGGGAUUGCAAAGACAAAGCACUUAAACGCAAGAUUGCUCCUAUCAACAUUGCUGAAAUCCUAGAAACAUGGGAGUUCAAUAUUCAAGAGAACAAUAGCGUCACCACAACACAGUUGAAGAUACCCGAGAUUCUCUUGUUUGACAGACGGGGAAUGUACCUUGUUGUAGGUGGAAUGACAGGACUAGGAUGGGAAUGUGUCGUGUAUCUGGCUUCCAAAGGUGCUGGGUGCAUUACAGUUAUCAACAGGCGUAAGCCAGAUCCAACCAAACAGGAUGAAAUGAAGCAUGUGUCCCAGAUCUAUGGAUGCACUGUUACAUCAGAACAGGCAGAUGUUCAAGAUAUCAAAGCAAUUAGAUCAGCUUUGAAGAAGCUGGGAACCCGGUUCCCUGCCUAUACUUUGAAAGGGGUAUUCUUUGGAGCUGCUGUUCUGAAGGAUGGAAUCCUUCUGGAAAUGACGAGAGACAAGUUCAAGACAGCUUCUGCCCCAAAGGUUGCAGGAUCGUGGAACCUGCAUCUCCUGACAGAGGAACUGGACUACUUUGUGCUGUUUUCAUCAGUAGUAUCAGUCUUUGGAAAUGCUGGACAGACAAACUAUGGUGCAGGGAAUGGAUUCAUGGAUGCCCUAGCUCAUGUCAGGAGGCAAAAUGGCCAGAGUGGACAGACUGUAAACUGGGGCCCUCUGAAUAUGGGCAUGUUGCAGGAAAAACAUGCAAAGCAGAUGGAAUCAUCUGGAUAUGUGCUGAUACACAAAAGACGUAUACCAGAUUGUCUCACGCAUAUCCUCAUGCUGAAUAAACCACAGAUCAUUAUGUGUGGCCUUCAGCUGGUGAAAUUUGGACAAACUCUUCGCAAGGAGGGUAACGUGGAGCUAGAGUCUCGUUUUAAAUCUGUUUUAGCACCCCACAUGGCGGCUGUGUCUUCAGCUUUACCAGAAACUGUGCAAAAACUUGACUUGGAUGCAGUGAAAAAAGAACCAAAAGUAGAAGCAAUGGCAAAACUACUGAAGUAUGUAAAAGCUGUAGUUGUUGAAGUUGCCAUGUUGGAUGAGUCCUCUCUAGACGUCGACCAACAAACCAGAGAACAAGGUGUUGACUCGAUGAAUUUCAUGCAGAUCACUGGGAAAAUCAUGGAUGACACACAUGUGCAGUUGUCAUCAUCGAAUCUUAUUGUAGAAAAUCCAUCGGUGACUCAACUCACACAGUACAUUUAUGAUGAUCUGAUGAAGAAAGAAAGUUAUGGUCAAGCAUAUCAAAGUCCUGUUGAAACCAGACAUUCAUCGACAUCUGAUUCUGUUUUGAUCCCAGGUGAAGAGUUUGCACUUAACAAUUAUAUAAGAAACCCAAACCACAUAUCACAUUUGAUGAUUGUUGAACUAGAGCUGCCCGAUAUUGCUGAUCACAAGUCAAUGAAAGAAAUCCUCCAGGAAAGUGUCAGGAGACAUCCAAUUUCAAGGACAACCUUUAAUGAUGUGAAUGGAAAAGGAAGUAAAUCACUCCUUGAUGCAGAUGCUGACAUUGACUUUAGGAUAGGGAAUCUGACCAAUCCUUCUGAAGUUACACGUAUCACAGAGGAAAGAUUUUACCUCCAUCAACAGGGCCCAAUACGAUUUAUCUUUGCUGAGGGACACCCUCCCCAUCUCAUCAUUGUCUUUCACAGAAUUGCCUUUGACUACCAGGGAAUCAUUAUCAUCAUUAAUGAGAUAAUGGAUUUGGCUCAAACAUACUCAAAGGGAUCUUCUUUCAGCAAUGUGCCACUUUUACCAGACAGACCUAUUGGACCGGAAAUAAGGUCUGUACUUGAACCAAAAUAUGAUACUAUUGCAGUAUUUUGGAAGCAGAAGUUGGUGACGGUUCCUCGCAUAUCACUGGCAGACAAAGCUGAGACAUCCCAACCACAGAUGGAAAGUUUUCGACAAGAAAAGAGCCUGACUGCUGACAUGUACCAGAAACUGAUGUUGUUCUCGAAAACGCAGAAGUUGUCUAUUUUCCAGUGCCUAGUUGGACUAUUUCAACUCCUUUUGUCCAUACAAUCUCAUCUGGAAAAUGUGACCAUAUUGACCUAUAUUGAUCUGAGAAUCUUCAGCCCAAGAAUAUCUACAUCAGUUGGCCGAUGUGUAAAUUUUGCAGCCCUCACCUGUGGUCUGAAACAGUUUGAUCAGAUGACUGCUGCUGGCUUCCUAAAUGAAAAUAGCAAGGAACUGGAUGAGUGCAAAGAAAAUGGAAUAUUCCCUUUUGGAGACUUGGAAAAACUCACAUCACAAGAAAAUGCCAGGAAUAUGACCAGAAACUUUGUUAUAUUUGGUGACGAUGAAGUUUAUAACAAGAAUAAAGGCAAUGAUUUCCAUGAGAAUUUUAAUCCCACUGUGACAGAGAAACUGCUGUUUGGACCAGACACAGAGUUGUAUUUUGACAUUCUCACACGGAAAAAGUCUGAAUCAAUUGUGAUUUCACUGAAUGCAAGGUCAGAUCGGUUCACCAAGGAACGCAUCAACAUGGUUAUUGAUGCAUAUUUUGGACUGUUGACAGACACACUUCAAGAUCCGGAUGUUACAAUUACCAGCUUAAGCAGUCGACCUUACAUGACAAGAAUAAGGAGUAGUAAGAUCUGAAAUAAUGUGUUAUCCUAAGUUAACAAAUGAUGCCUCUCAACUGCAGACUUGAAUGACAGCUUAUCUAACGUAAUGUAAUGUAGUGUUUACUCAUAAUACUUCUUGAGCUGUCAAAUAUGAAUCAGGGAGAGAAUGGCACAUUUGGUGAUUUGGGGAAGAACUUGGUCAAUCUCCAGAAGUGAUUGGUAUACUUAGGUAGCCUAAACACAUCCCUUGAAGAAAACCUUCAAUAUGAUGGGACCUAUAAUGGUCAAAACACAUACUGAGGUUUUGCAACAACAUCCAUUUCACUUCCUGUCAUGAUUCACAACAGUUUGAAUUUCACAAUCCUUACACAAUCUUAGUGUUAGAAGUUUUCAUUUUCUUAGUGUAUGAUUGUUAUAUGUAUUAAAGGCUCACGUUUAUAUAUGUUUCUUCUCAGUGUGUGAUCACAAAACAAUCUCAGCUAUGGUACAACAGUGCUAAGAUCACUUUGUGGAUACGACCCUGUCAUCGAUAGUUUCUAAUCCAAUAAAAUGUGUAGUCAUUCUUGUUAAAACUUGACUUACACGAUUUAUUCAUUCAUUCAAUAUGAUGUAAGCUCUGACAUGUAUUAUGGUCCCAUUAGUGUUAAAUUAUUUGAUUUGUUAUUUUACACUGUGAUCCAAUCUGUUGUAUCAUAAAAUUGUCUCUACAUGCACACAUAUAUUUACCAGUGUAAGUAACUAAUGGUCUAAUCUGACAAUGCUGGUGCAAGUAGGUCUUAUGUGACCAAAGUUGCUAAAUGUUUACAGCAACUAUUAGCUCAACUACCCAUGUGGCGCACAAGGCCACGGAUGGUUCAAAUAAUAUGUAAUAACGAUGCAUAUAUCAUGGGAUGAACAUCGAAAUCUUGCUAAUGCGUUACGGUAUUUCUUUAUAUUUACAUAAAACCUAUACUGUUCGGUGUAUAUAUGAAUUUUCAACAUUACAAUUUGUUCGAUAAUUUCAAUGAAACAACUCACGAUUGCGGAUAGAUAUUUGUUAGCCUCUGUAGACAAGAAAUGAUAAAUACACUUUAGAUUGUACAGAUUGCUCAUGCUAAACAUUUCCAAAACCAUUUUAUUGAAUUACAUUUUUUUCACAUCAUUUACCCAGUUAUUCUUUCCUUUCACAUCAUAUUCCAUCAUCAUUUAUUGGGUAUCUCGAUGAAUUCAUUUUAAGGAGCAUCAGCCAGUACUUUAUGGCUUUCAGUUGUCAGUAUAUAUAUAGAGGACAUCUAGCACAUUCUCCGUAAACCAUUGUGCUAGAUGUGUUGCUUUUAACACCAAGAAAUUUUUAACAUGCAUAUAAGUGAACCUAUUUUGAUAUCAGUAAAUUGUUUUAAUCCCCAUAUUUCAGCACCGUAAAGUAAAAUUGGAUUAAUUUUAACUUCAAAGAUCUUAAAGAAUGACUUGUAACGCCGUGAUAUAACUGGAAUACUGUUAAAAGCGGCGUUAAACCCAACUCACUCACUCUCUUGUAACUUACAUGACGAAAGAUUCGUAUAUUCUUCAUAUACACCAAUUAAAAUCUUUUUUGCCUGUACUGACGUAGUCACAUUCAAAGUUUCAACUUUAAAGGCCAUUUUUUUUUUGUAUGAGCUGUGUGAAUGAAUAGGUAUUUAAGUAGACUGUCCACUAAAAUUCAGUGCAGUCUAUGAGAAUUCUGACCUUGGUUGGACGGUUUUGGUUUUGGGGUGUUGUCCCAAAAUUUUUGUGGCGUAACUUACAUUUUAUUUGAGUAUUGUUUAUACUUAUAUUCG